AAUAACAAUGACCGAUAGACACGAUGAUGACAGAAGACUCACAUGAACACGCACGUGCACGGCUAAGGGGAACAUUAGAAACUUUAAUGAAAAGUAUUAAAAGCUUUUAGAAUGAUAGAGGCGGGAUUCUGCCGAACCUCUGACCCGUCUGUUAGAUUGUGUGGGCCGGCGCGUGUUUCCCUGCGUGACAACGACAGGUUUCUGACAAGCAUUUAUCCAAAGGCUCUUCCAGCUGAGAAAGUCUUCGUCAAAGACCAGACUGGAUUUGGACCCCGAACAGCUGACUGGAAGAAUAGAGAAGACCGUCAGGAAUACACUACUCACAAGACGUUAGAGAUAUUUUGAUUUCCAUGAUGCUCUGAAUUUUAAUGAAAUUUCCCUGUGAUAUAACUAAUGAUAAAUGAGAAGAAACACUAUGUUCAUCAGUUUGAUAUGUAUUAUUCCCAAAUUAAAGACAAUAAUGAAUUUAGCCCCAAAUAACAAACAUUGACCAUGUCAAUAUUGAGUAUUUCCACCAUUUGCUGCAAUGACACUUUGACAGUGACCUCUCCUGCUCCUCUCUAGACUCAUGUUGUUGUUCUGAGAGGUCCACUCAUGCAGGGUGGGGUCUGAACAUCCAGUCUCUGUUUCUACUGGCCCCAGACGUGCUCUAUGGGUCAUUGCUAGCUAAGCCACAUGAGCCACUCCCACUUCCUGGAGUGCAGCUGUGACAAUUCUGGAACCAUCUGAUGGAGCAUUAUCAUCCAUGAGCAGAAUGUUGGGGGUGGAAUUAGGGGAUGACGAUGUCUCUGAGGUCGGAACUGCAAAGAAUGGUUGAUGGCCUGUCCCGGUACCCCCUCCCUGCCUGAAAUCACCGCCCUGCUCUCCUCACUGCUCCCCUGUGGCUUCGCUGUGGGACCGUCCCAGCACUGUGGAGGCCGCCUGGGCCUGUGGUGGGUGGGCCGGCCGCUGAAGGCCGGGUCACUGCUGGGGAGGAACGGUGACACAGACCCCUCCAGUCAUUGCUCAGAGCGGGUCACCCACAGGCAGGAUUCCCCCCCCACUGCAGAAAGCACAGCGUCACAAGAAGGGAAGGUCCAGACAGGAACUCUUGAAGCUCCACCCCAAACGGCCUUGUGGGUCAGCUUUGCCUGUCAGGUGCAGUACCCAGCUCAGCAGAACGUGGCAGUGCAGUGUGCUUGUGCGCUGGAGUGUGGAGGUGUCUGCACGGGUGCACGUCUGCGAGCAUGUCAGGAUAUCCAGGCGGGGGCGGAGCUGCUGCUCUAUGGAGACCCUCAGGACAAAAGCCAGAGCACAGACCUCCCCAGGGGGUGUGCUGGACUCACAGAAGAUGAUGUGAGAUUUGUCAACGAGGAUGACCCUGAAGAAGCUGAGGAGGUGCAAAAGCUCACAGCUCCUCAGACACAUCAGCCCUCAAAGAGGAGUCACCCACUCCCCAUCAGGAGGAGGAGGAGGGCGACGGCCUGGAGGCAGGACGAUGGGACGCUCGCAGCAGCAGAUCCUGCUUCUGCUGGACCCGUGGAAGCUCCUGGCCCCACCCCUUCUGUCCGCUCCAGCUCCCGGCUGGCUGCCAAACCGCGGCGGAGCCACUGUCCCGCUGCUCGGGUGAGGCGCGCCCCCACCCAGUCUGACUGCUUGCCAACAGCAGAGGGGGGAGAGGGGAGUGAGAAGCCAGCUGUUUCCUCCCAAAAGGACGCCUCAGCAGCACCUCCUGCUGCAGACGCACCGCUGGGUCAUGUAGGAGUCAGAGAGCGACGCUACAGGUGUUCCAGCUGUGGGAAAAGGUUCUUCCAGGUGGGUCAUUUGAAGAAGCAUCAGUUCAGCCACACAGAGGAGAAGCCCUUCACCUGCCAGGAUUGUGGGAAACACUACACAUCUGCAGAGAGCUUCAGAGCCCAUCAGCUGAGUCACCGAGGGGAGCGGCCCUUCUCCUGCUCUCACUGUGAGAAGACCUAUGGCCUGAAGCGGGACCUAAAGGAGCACCUGGUGCUGCACACUGGAGAAAAGCCCUACAGCUGUAAUCAGUGUGGUAAAGCGUUUGCUCGCCGCCCCUCCCUGCGUGUGCACCGGCUCCUGCACUGCAGCAGACGCGUCUACCCGCAGCCCCCAAAGCUUCAGUGUACAGUCUGCACCAAACUGCUGGCCAACUCGGGCUCCUUGAGGAACCACAUGAAGCUCCACAGCGGAGAGAAGCCUCACAGCUGCCAGCACUGUGGGAAGAGCUUCAGCCAGAAAGGUAACCUGGAGUGUCACCUGAGGAUUCACAGUGGAGAGAAGCCAUUUUCCUGUUCUGAGUGCAACCAGUCGUUCUCCCAGAAACCUGAUCUCCAGCGGCACAUGUUCUCCCACACCGGAGGGGGGUUCCUUUGCAGUUACUGUGGGAAAUCCUUACGGGACCCCCACAGUCUGAGGUCCCACGAGAGGCUGCACACUGGAGAGAGACCCCAUCACUGCUCUGUGUGUGGGAAAGGCUACACUUUAGCCACCAAGCUGAGGAGGCACAUGACAUCCUCCCACCUGAAGGAGAAACCGUACGUCUGCCACUGCGGCGCCACCUACACGGUGAGGCAAAGUCUGCUGAGACACCAAGCUCAGCACAGGACGCCUGUUCCCAGUGGGGAGGGAGGGGCCACGGCGUCGGGCGGCGGUCACCAGAGGCCGGUCAGAGGGAGGCCGAGGAAGAACCUUUCCCCCCAGGAGAAGGAGGAGCUGAAGUCUGGGAGUGUUCAGAACUCGUCUGAGGGGGAGGGCGGUGCUGCAGGCGGCGUCCAACAUGCGCUUGUUUACGUCCACGCAGAACACCUGUCUGCAUCGACCCCUGCCUCACUGCUCCUCAGCGCUGACGGUUCGGUGACUGAGGGGGCGGAGCCCGGGCUGGUGGAGGUGCUGAUAUCAGAGGGCUCGGAGCAGUGCAUUGUGGUCCAGGGGGAGCAGGCAGUGGGGGAGCUGCUGAUCCUGGAGGAGGAGGACAGUGGCCUCUGCUCGGUGGCUCAGACGGUGGAGAUAAACACAGCGUGAACUGUGGGCGUGAGCACGGCGCCAUGCAGACCCUGCAGGGACAGACACCCUCUGUUUGGAGGAGAGGGUGCAGAUUUCACGUAAACACUGAUUCAUCGUGGUGAAGUGAACACGUCCUGAAUCGGAUCAGGAGAUCACAGGAGAUCACACGAGAUCACACCUGUUCAAGAUUCUUCAUGAAAAGAGAGAAAACACUUUUUAGGAAGUCCUGCCCAAAGCGCUGCUCUGUUGCACGUUUAUUUCUCACUAAACUUCUGUUCAUCAUGUUUCUGGAAUCAUGGAAGUUAAAGUAAGCUCCGCCCCCUCAGCAUGGGAGCAUCCCACCUGCUUCCUGUUCUGGCAGGAGGUGUAUUGGUGUGAAAGAGGAACGCUGUGUAAUGGAGGUCUGCUGAAGAUGAAGCCAAAGAGCCAUUUAGGAGCUCAGAAAAACCUCUCUGACGUUUGAGGCGGGGAGCAGAAUGGGACUGCCCACAGACUUAUACUUCUUUUGCUCUGAAUUAUUGAGACCGUCUGUGAUCCAGCAGAAGGCUUCUCUCGUUCAGCAGCUUCUCUGCAGUAGUGACUCGUCAAAGUACUGCGCCCCCACCGUUAGCUUCCCAAGAGAAGUGCCCUCUUCACUGGUAAAUGACAUUCUAUUGAACAGCCAACAUCAUUUUCAAUAAUGUGUCACUUUGUGAAGCUGUGAGAGCCAGAUUACCUUCAGUAGCAUUCUGUGAACUCCAGUCUUUAGUUGAGCCUCAUGUCUUUGAUUUCCUGUUUGCUCUCUGUUUCUGGAAUCUUCUCUGAGCUCAGAUCUCCAGGAUUAAAGCAAAAGGAGAACAGGAAAUCUAUAUUUCUGUUAUUUUUUGAGACAAAAGCACUAAAACCAGAGAAUUAUGUCGGUUUUAUUAAAGCUCCUUCAAUUGUUGUUGCUAA